AUGGAAACUUACUCCAUAGUCGAUAUCCGUACAGUCGUUUUACCAGCUCUGACUGUCGCCCUGGACGUCGCAUGCACGUCGGAUCGAUACGCCCAGGUAGCUUCCGAAUGUCGCACGGCCAUGCGAUGUCUCUCCGCCUCCGGUGCGACGAGCUCUCACGAAGCAAUCGCCGCCGCUACCACCUCGAUUACCGCUAAUCUUAAAACUCCUGGUAUCCGAAGCGCGGUGGUCACGGACGCUGAUAUAAGGGAAGCUGAUAUAAGCAGCACGGACGGCUUUUCCACCCCCUCGAUCCUUCCGAGGAGAUUAAAUACAACUACAAUCACCGCCGCUUCGGCUAGCGGCUGUGAAAAAGUAGCUGAGGACUCGGGUACUGGUCGUGCAGCUAGUGUCGCUUCAGCUUUAGGCAAUCGCGUGGGAGAUUCGACCAGCAGCGUCGCCGAUGCGACGUCUAUCGGUUCCGAUCCUGCAGGCCGUUAUGAUCCCGACGGCAAUUCCGUUGGGGCGCACGACUGGCUCGUCGCCGGAAUCCUGAACGGUGCACAGGGGCGUGAGGUCCAUAGAGAGGAGAAUUGCGAGGUUGGGAGCUGUGAUGGGAUCCAGGAUGUGCGCUGCGAGUCUGGGCCGGCAGGGAGUGUUGUUACUGGUUGUGUGGGCGGUGUGACAGAGUCCCCUGACGAGAAGGCCAUCGCUAGACGUCUUGUCUUUGAGGAGGAGAGAAACGAGGAGCGAGACGAGGAGGAGAGAGAAGAGGUUUAUGAACGGGGGGAGGCUGAAGAGGAGGGAGAGGGUGGGGAGGGAGAGGAGGAGAUUGAGGGGGAGGAGGAAAAGGCGGCGGGGGGAAAGGCGGUGGACGAUGAUGGGGAGCAAACGGGAGAGGAAAAAGGAAAGGCAUCGGUACAAGCGCAGUCGCACGCGCAAUUUCACGUGAACGCUGCAGGAAAUAUCAAUGAUGCGUCGAGAUGCAUUAAGGGCGGUAGGUGCAGUGCGUGUAGCAAGCGGGGAGCGGCAAUCACCAACGCUAUAUUUGACACCUCAUUGGCCAUCGCGGAACACGGCGCGACUAGCGGCGCCAGUUCCGGCGCGGACUUCUCGCCGCGACGGGGCAAAGCGGACGCCGUGAGCGCGGAGAGUAUGGCGGUGGCCGCGCUGGAGUGCUUUCAGGAGCUGCUGAUGAGGGGCGCGAUUAGAGGAUGCAUCGGGGAUAGGAGAUGCGCGU